UAAAGAAUCGAUACUUUUUGCAGCCGUUUCAAAUGAAAGCAACCCUAAAUUGCGCACAACGCCGUUAUGAGAAUUUUUAGUACAUUUUGUUGCAAAGGAUAUAUCGCUAGCAAAUGUCCUGUGGCCCACACGUGAAGGUGAAGCUCCGAAAAUUUUAGUUUUCAGUGCGUGUUCCAACAAAUUGGCAAUGGCAAUGGCCCGGCGGCAGUUCUACUUUAGUAAAUACACAAAUUUUCACAAAAAUCACAUCAAACUGUUUGCUGUUUAUAUGAAAACGGCAAAUCUAAUGCAAAACUUUAACGUGCUCAAGCGUUCGCUAUAAGCAGCCGAAGGUGGUGGAGGGUGAGGACGGGCGCUGCCGCUGACGACGCUGACGCCGCCGCCGCCGCCUGGACCACCCACCAAUACAUUAACAGCACUUUUUAAGGGCUAACUGUGUGUCCGUGUGUUAGUGUUAUUUCAAUUACAUCAAUUAUUAUGCGACUUGCGGCGUAAGCAACAAGCCAAACAAGUGUUUCAAGCAGACGAACAUUAAAUAUUGCUUGCUAUAAUUUAU